AUGCCAGCGCCACGAUGUACGGAUCGUGAGAGCGCGCUGGAAUUAACGUUGCCUGGUUUUUUGAUGUCGUCCCAUGGGGGAGUAUUGACGAUGGGAAGAUUCCUUGCUGUUUAUGUCAUUGUGUCUUGUGUCCCGGUACAUUUCCUGUUAUUAUGUGUUCCGUCACCGUUUGGACGUUUGAUCGAAAGAGUGCCACAGUGUGGUGUGGAGGUUUCCCAACGUGAAGCUUUUCCUUUCGUACAUAUCCUACUUGCCCCAAAGGCCCAGUAUUCAUUGUUUCCACGGCCGUGUAUUGUUUUUUUUGGGGCUUAA